AUGGAGACCGAAUAUAUGAAUGUAGAGAUUUGUGACAUUCGCGGACAAGAAGAGCGAGCAGAUUUGGAGACUUGCGGAUUUCAGAUCAGGAAGCUGCGGUCGGCAAUGACCUACGAGCAAUUCGGCAACCCAGCCUGUGUAGAAGAGGUCUAUCUUCGAGACCUGAGGCAAUUGCUCCUUAAAGAGUUCGGUGCUGCUGUGGUGCAUUUCGAAAGAACACGGAUACGUCGCAGACACCCAGAUUUCCCAAAGUCCACUGGUACAGUAUACGAUCACCAUCAACCAUCCACAGCAGCUCACGUCGGUGCGAGUAGUAUUUGGAAGCCCCUUCGUGGCCCCUUGCAAGAUUGGCCACUGGCGAUAUGUGACGCUCGAAGCGUUGAUGCUACGAGUGACAUGAUCGAAGCCACCAUCCUGUACCCUGAUCGAAUGAACCACAACUUUCAAGUACACUUCAACGCUCGACAUCGUUGGUUCUUCCUGGGGGGACAGUGUGACGAUGAACUGCUGAUCUUCAGGCAAUACGACUCUCGACUUGGAGACAACAGUGGUGUACCACACUCGUCGUUCCCGGAUCCAAAUACGCCUCAGCACGCUUUUCUUCGAGAAAGUAUCGAAGUUGUGGCUUGCUUGUGCUUCUGA